AUGACGGCCUCUUUUAAACAUUCCAGACUGUGGAAAGACAUCAUCUCCAUUGGGACUCAUAGUAGUAUUAUUUACAACAACUAUUUGGGUAAUUGCCUCAUUAAAGUGGGUAAUGGAAAUAGAAUCAAAUUUUGGCAUGAUAAGUGGUGUGGUACCUCUUGUCUUAAGAUUGAUUUUCCACAUCUCUUUAAUCUUUCAACUGAUAAGGAAGGUUCUCUCCACCAAUUCUUUGCAAGGAAAAUCAGUUCAACUGAUUGGAAUUUACCCCAUAGAAGAGUGUUAUAUGUAUGGGAAUUGGCUGAAGAAGCUAGAUUGCUUGGUGUCCUUUCCUCCGCUCCUUCUUUGAGUCUUGAUAGAGCAGACUGUUUGUCCUGGGCUUGCGCAUCAACAAAUAGUAGUGAGUUCUCUGUGUCCUCUCUUUACUCUCUUAGCAGCUCUAAUCUCGGCCCCAAUCUCAGAAUCUGUAAAUCCAUUUGGAAUAAAACCACUCCCCCCAAGGUUUCAUUUUUCUGUUGGCUGGCAUGGAAAAACAAAAUCAAAUCUGCCGAAUUUUUGCACAGACUUGGCAUUCUGGAUAGCAGCGUUUCCAUUCUUUGCCCCUUCUGCAGAUUUGAACCUGAAUCUGCUGUUCAUGUUUUGCUUCUUUGCCCUUUUUCUUGGUUGAUCUGGUCUUCUUUUAUUCAUGAUUGGGGAUUUUUCUGGUGCAUCAAUAACUCUGUGGAAGGCCUUCUCAAUUGGUGGUUGGGUGUUAGAUUGAAGAGCUUUGAUAGGCUAAUUUGGAGAGCUAUCCCCCUUAUUGUUCUUUGGUCCAUUUGGAAGCACAAGAACGAAUGUGUCUUCUUUGAGACUCAAUCCAAUUUCUUUGGUCUGUGUGAAUUAAUCAAAAUCAGGGCAGCUUUUUGGUUGAAAGCAUCUAUUAAGAACUUCCCAUUCUCAAUUGAUGAUUUAGCUUUCAAAUGGAAUCAAAUCAGGCUUUGUUCCUGA